CUUAAAUGCACAGCGGCCCAAACGCUGCCUUGGGGAUGAAACCUUGACUUUCUGAGUUUCUAGCCAAUACUGGAGUUAUGAGCUUGGUGUAGUUGUAGCAGUAAAUAAGAGGCGUCACGUUGCUGCAUCUGUAAUUGGUUGCUGCUUAGACAUUGUUGGAAUUUGUAGCUGAGGGGGAAAAAAAACUGAGACUUGUGAGUAACUUCAUAGCCAAUUGAUCCUUUGUAGUUUUGUUGCGACUGCAGAGACACAAAGAGACAGGGAAUGGCUUAUGCUGCUCUGACUUCCCUUAUGGGAACUAUUGAGAAAAUUCUGCAACAAAACCCGUAUGAGUAUCCUGAGAAAGGAGAAGAAAUGAAAUUUCUACAUGAAACUCUUGGUUCUUUGAGGUCCAUUCUGGAGGAUUCUGUGGAAAGAAGUGAUCUUGAGAUGAUUAAAAGGUUGGAAGCAAAAACCACACAGAUGGCAUAUGCACUAGAAGAUAAACUUGAGUUAGCAAUUGAAAGUGGAAAUCUUGGAAUCAGCUUGAUCCAAAUAAAAGGCGAUAUCGAUUCCACCAUGAAUGACUGGAUGAAGAUCAAGACGAGCUAUGAAAAUAAUGUCAAAGCUCUUCCAGCAAAUGAAGGUGUUAGUCCCGAUUCAUCAAAACUUUCUUCGCAGCCAGAAAAUGUUAUGGUUGGCCACACCAAUGAAUUAGACAUGAUGUUGGAUCAUCUUACUAGGGGCUCACGUGAACUAAAAGUUGUCUCAAUUGUUGGGAUGGGGGGCAUUGGUAAGACAACAUUUGCGACAAGAAUUUAUUGUGAUCCAGUAAUCAUUUCUCGCUUUGACACUCGCUCAAUGGUUACUGUUUCACAAGAAUUUUAUGUUAGAAGGAUACUUCUAGGCCUUCUUAAUUCUAUCAUGUCAAUUCCUCGAGAAAUUUGUAACGAAAGUGAUGGACAAUUAGCAGAUCGGCUACAAAAGGGUUUAAAAGGGAGGAGGUAUUUGAUUUUCAUUGAUGAUAUAUGGAGCACUGAAGCAUGGGAUGAUAUGAAGCUAUGUUUCCCAGAUGAUGGCAAUGGAAGCCGAAUAUUACUGACCACUCGUAAUACAGAGGUAGCUGAAUAUGCUAGCAUGAAUGAACCUCCCUUUCAUCGCAUGCGUCUUUUAAGUAUCGAUGAAAGUUGGAACCUCUUCCACUCAAAGGUUUUCACUCAAAAAGUAUUUUCCUCUGAAUUUGAGAAUAUAGGGAAAGAAGUUGUUAAAAAAUGUCAAGGAUUACCGCUAACAAUCAUCAUAGUUGCUGGACUUCUCUCCAAAAUCCAUUCAUUAGUUGAAUGGGGAAAUGUUGCUGAAGAUGUGAACUCACUUUUAUAUGAGUGUCCUGAUAAACAGUGCUCAAGACUUAUUGAUCUUAGUUACCGCCACUUGCCUCAUCACAUAAAAGCCUGUUUUCUUUAUUUUGGAGUUUUUCAGGAAGACACUGAGAUUAAUGUCAAGAGACUUGUCAGGCUAUGGGUUGCAGAGGGAUUUCUUGAGGUAGAAAAGGAUAAGAGCUUGGAAGAAGUGGCUAAGAAGUGUUUAGAAGAUCUUAUAGAUAGAAGUUUAGUUUUCGCCGAUAAGGGGAGUACUCGCAAUGGAAAAAUAAAGACAUGCAAAAUGCAUGAUCUUUUACAUGGAUUCUGCUUGAGAGAAGCUCAGAGAGAAAACUUUCUGCGUGUCAUUCAAAAGAAAGAUGAUGAUCAUCAUGCAAAGCCUGACCUCUUUCAUCCAAAAGUUCAUAGACGGAUAAGUAUCUCGAGUUGUGACAAUAUAAGUUAUAUUUUGAUCAUGAUACUUACAACAAAGCCCGUUCGAUUUUAUUUUUGGGUAAGCCUUACUACAUUCCGGAUAUCAAACUAGAGUACUCACGUUUCAAGCUAUUGAGAGUAUUAGAUAUAGCUACUGACACAUUGAGAGGCAUUUUCCCUAAGGAUAUCCUUUGCCUGUUUCACUUGAGAUACCUGGCUUUUACCUAUGCCGGAUCUUUGGAUUCUCCCCUGCAUAUGAGCCUUUGGAAUCUUCAAACUUUUGUAUUUGAUUACCGGGUCUGUGGUUGUAUAUAUUUUGUAGAAGAAAUAUGGAGGAUGGCACAAUUAAGGCAUCUAAAGUUUAGCUUGAAUUGCUUACCCCAACCUUCUCAUGUCUCAACUGACGAAGAGAAGUGCUUGGUGCUGCAAAAUUUGCAGACAUUUUCUGGGUUGAAUCCUUUAAAUUGUACAAAGGAAGUGUUCAAAAGGAUUCCCAAUGUUAAGAAGCUAAUGAUUCUAGGACACAAGGUUCAAUACAAUGAGAGUGAAAUGCCAGAUUGCUUCAAUGACCUUGUUAGUCUAGCUAAACUUGAGUCACUGGGUUUUUACAUUCAAACAAAUAUUAACCACUUGAGUUUGUGCCUUCCUCCUCCAGGCAACUUUCCGCAGAACCUUAAGAAGUUGACAUUUUGCUCUACGUGCAUGCCUUGGAAGAAUAUGGACAUUGUUGGUAUGCUACCCAAUCUUGAGGUACUUAAAUUGAAGAACAGUGCUUGCAUAGGUGAAGAGUGGGAACCAUCUGAGAAUGGGUUUUAUCAACUGAAAUUCUUGCUUUUAAGUAGCUCAGAUCCCAAAUACUGGAAGGCAACUAGUGACCAUUUUCCACUCCUCAAGCAUCUGGUGCUAAGACAUUGCUAUCAUUUACAAGAGAUACCUCUGGAUUUCGCGGACAGUGUCACAUUGCAGUCUAUUGAGAUAGAGAACUGCGAGCGUUCCGUUGUGACUUCUGCCGAGCGAAUUCAGGAAGAGCAACGGAACCUGGGAGCUGAUGAUCUUGUAGUUCGUGCAUACAGAAUUCGAGGUUGUGAAGAUGUAGAUCAUAGUGGAAGUUAAUCUGAUUAUUUUGUGCCACUUCUCUUCUUGUAAGUAUUUCACAUUGAUGUUCUGCACUAUACUGCUAAGAGAGUUGUGCAUAGGCAUAAGUUCAUCCAGUCUUGUGAAUACCUAACCUGAUAAAGUGACCCGACUCUCCUCGUCAACUUAUAAGUUCCAUCCCCUUUUUAGUUUACAAGGCUUUUUAAUAUCUGUUGCUAUAUGAUGGAAUCUGUUAACACCUUCAACUGCACUUACUAUAAGCAUUUCUUUUGGUUGCAUAGCUAUCCUGUUUCAUGUCAAAAAAAGGAAAAUUAUACGGGAGAGUCACUUUGUGCGGUGGUCUUUAAGCCAUACCCAGUUUUCAAAUUAUUUUGCAUCUACGCCCGUUUUUGUCUUAAAAUAAGUUCAAAAGUACUACUUUGCCCUCCAUCAAGAUCUGGUCCAUCUAUACCCCAAAAUAGAUCACCAAAAUCUGGUGUCUCAUGCGCAGCCGCACGCUCCUCCAUCACCGUCGUCAAACUUCCACCACCUCUAUUGCUAAUCUUCCACCACCUCCGCCGCUCCAAUCUAGCGCAACGCUCUUCCUUCGCCCUUAUCUUCGUCCCUAACACCUUUCUUUGUUACGCAUAUCUAAUAAACAAUAAUCCUCUGUCACUAAUUCCGACAACAGAGAAUAAUAUUGUCAUCUGCGCCGCUCAUUCCGCUUCACCGUCCUCUAGUCAUGUAGUCAUCAUCCUCAAGAAUUUGAACCAUUUUACCAAUUACUACUCUUCAGAGAUUGCACUACAAUACACGCUUUGUAGUGAUUCCUUUCUCUUCUGCCCGCACACUCUAUGGGUUCGUGAAGUUGUUGUUUUCAACCAUUAAAAAACUUCAGGCUUCGGGACCUGAAGUUCAACAAUAGCAGCGUCUAACUUCAGACUCGAAUGUCUGAAGUUUAUACUCAAAUAUCUGUAGUAUGUACCCAUAUGUCUUGAAGUUCAUAGCCAAAUGUCUGAGGUUCAUACCCCAAAUAACUGAAGUUUAUAGCCUAAAGUUUAUACCCAAAUGACAGAAGUUCAUAGCAAAAUGUCUGAAGUUCAUAUCCCAGUGUCUGAAGUUUAUAUCAUAAAUGUCUAACAUGCUUACUCAUAUGACAGUUUAUAGCAAAAUGUCCGAAGUUUUUCUUUUAUUCUUUUAUUCUCCUGUUGUAUGUCAUUUUUUACUUUGUUUUUCAUCAGAUUUAGAUUCGGUUAACAGAAGUAAUUUGGUUAUGCAUUGUAGAGGUUGAGCUACACUUUAUGCAACUGGGGUUAUUUCCUUUAAAUUAUUCAUCAUUUUAACAAUUCAGGGGUAUUAUUUAAUAAUUUGGUUUUGCUGAAAUCUUAUUUUUGGUUGGUUUAUCUGGAGUUGACGGGUAGCUCUUCUUUUUGUUUUGGUUGAUUUUAAGGACAUCAAUCUAACUUGGUGUUGUCUGUAGUCAUGUAUCAGAUAUGUAUUCAUGUUCAGUUUCUCCACUCAUCCAACGAAUCUCACAUUGCAGAUUAAUUUUGGAACUCCAAACAAUUUGUUAUGAUAUCCCGUUUUUCAGAAUAUUUUGUUUAGUUGGCCUAUUGGAGUGUAAACUUCAGAUCUGGGAGUCUGAAGUUCACCUGUAGCAGUGCAAAGUUCAGACCUCUGCUUUGUACUUAGCAAACUUCAGAUUCCGAGGCCUGAAGUUCUCAUGUAGUAGUGUAAAAUUCAGAUCUUUAAAUCUGAAGUUCCCAUGUGCAAACUUCAGGUCCCGAGGCCUGAAGUUCUCAUGUAGUAGUGUAAAAUUCAGAUCUUUAAAUCUGAAGUUCUCAUGUGCAAACUUCAGAUCUCAGACCUUUAGUAAGUCUUGUAGGAAAGAGCUCUUUUGUUUAAUGCAAAGUAUUUUCACUUGUCUUGUU